AUGAUUAUCCCGAGUCUCGAUGUUGUUUACCCAGUUCACAUGAACCAUAUGCCGCCAGGAUGGCGGCCACUUGCGAAUCUCAUAUGUGUUCACGAUCUGGGCGGGUCUCCCAAGUCAAGCUGGUACCACGAUGAAUCUGGCAAAACCUGGAUCUCAGACCCGGAAUUUCUCGGCAGCUUCAAAGAUUCAGUUCGAGUAUGGACAUAUGGAUACAACUCGGACCCGGCGGCAAACAUGACGCCUGCGAGCAUCGCACUUCAUGCCGACGACCUCUUGAUGUUGAUGAUAUCCAACUACAGCAAAUACCCUGGUGGCUCUACUGUUUUUAUAGCUCACGGACUUGGAGGGACGAUUGUCAAGAAGGCGAUUGAGCUCUGCUUUAACUAUUCAGAGUAUUUCUCUAUCAAAAGCUCUCCAGUUGGCAUCGUCUUCUUAGAUACUGUUCACCAUUCGACAGACUCCGAGGGAGUUCUGGCUGCCGUGAAAACGACGGUAGCAGCCAGCCUACUCAAACACUCCACAAGGCCGUCUGUUGAUGAUAUCAGACAAUUUGCAGAGGCUGUUAGAGAAGUGAACAAGACUUUUGUCACGCAUGCGCCGCCAGACCUAACCAUUCUCAACUUUGUUGCGACACACCGAAUAGAAAUCACCUCCGAGGAUGGAACAACCUACAAGACUUUGGUGGUACCCAAACAACGGGCCGAUAUGGACCCUACCCAGGGCCAGAAUCUGACGGUAGGCUGCCAUCAUUUCCAACUGACGCAGUUCCCGUCCCCGUCAGACAAGACAUACAGUCUCUUGGCAGAUCACGUUGCCGAGAUGAUGACGAAGAUAUCUUCUUCCAAAACCCAACGGAUGUUCUUCGCGCCGCCACCCCCUGUGGUGCCGACAACAGCUACUCCCCGGCCACCGUCACCACCGCCCGGUCCUCCAGGGCCUCCUGGUCCGCCUGGCCCGCCCGGUCCGCCAGGACCACCCGUGUCACUGCCGCCGCCACCUCGAAAUGGGAUCCCCAUUGGCCCACCGCCGCGAGAUCAAAGCAAUGAGUCCUUCAAUUUAUGGGCAAGGAAGAAAGACGCCGCCGAUACAAAAGAGCAUCGAGACAUGCUGGUCAACAAACUCGGCGGUUGGGAUGAGCAUCACCUCGGACACGACAUACACCCAACGGUAGACACAUGCACCUGGAUUCAAUCACAUUCCUUCUUCAAACGUUGGCUCAAGUCCAAUAAGACGGAAAGCUUCUUCGUGCAGGGAGCCACAGGCUGUGGCAAAACCCACCUGGCCAAGUCCGUCGCCAACCAUCUUUCUUGGGACCGCCCUCGCUCUCCCCCAGAUAACAGCAUCGUGCUAUCUUUCUUCUGUAACGUCAGUACGUUGGGGAACAGUAAGCCGCCGAUCGCCCAGUACUUUGUCCGAUCGCUCCUCGAGCUUCGGCCACGAUGGUCCGAAUCGAUAGCGCCAUACUAUCGAUGGCAGCAGCUAAAAAGCCAUCUCGAUCUGCCGUCGCUGUUUGAUAUCCUCCGCGACUUUAUGAGCAAGAUGCAGUACACCAUGGGCCCACCAAAGACAACGGUCGUUUUCCUGAUUGUGGAUGGUCUGGAUGAUUGUGAUGUUUCCUAUGCCUGGGAGUUCCUCCGCCUCGUAGGAAGCCUACACGACCAUCCAGCGGCUCGGUCCACACCAGUUCCCGGUCCAGCCAUCCCAGGACAGGGCUUCCCCCGCGAGGUCGUGAGGCUCAAAUUCUUCUUCACUUACAGCCCUUGCGAGACGUUGAACAUGGCCUCCUUCGCACCGACUUCUUCUGGGAUUCUGAUGAGCGACGCCGCCAUCCGCAAAGACAUCAGCACGUACGUGGACAGAGAGAUACACACCAUGUCUAAGCUGCGGUCUCUCAAAGGAUUUCCAAGUGGACUUCAAUUGUUGAUCAAGACCAAGUCGGAGUCGUUCUUUGUGUUUGCAAAGUAUUCCAUCGAAGACGCAAUGGCUACGGUCAAAAGUCUCCAGGAAUACGGGUACUGCUUCAAUGAGAGACUGCUUCAGUGCCCUCCCAGAUUAGGGGCGUACUACGACCGCGAUAUAUUUCCACUGUUCCAGAGUAUCGACGAUGGGAAAUAUGCCUUGUCAGCCGUGCAAAUUAUCCUCGGCUCUCUCGAUGUUCUCAGCAGCGGGGAAAUUUGCAACGCGCUUACCUGUCUUCAUGAGGACCCGGACUCUAGUUUCCUCGACCUCCAUAACGUACUAAGGCAAAAGUGUCCCCGGCUGAUUCACAUCGCAAAUGAGGAUGAAUUUCAAGUCAGCCAUCCGUCAUUGAAGUACCACUUCAGACGCCACAUUAGCGAGCGAAGACAGCAUGCAAACAUGGCCUUCUUGUGUGUCAAGUACCUCUCGAAACCCGACUUUGGAUGCAUCGAAUCGAUCAUGUCUCCUCAUCUUUCGACAAAUGAUCCGUUCUAUACGUAUGCGGCAAAAAACUGGGGAGAACACCUCAGCCGCGCGGGGGACGAGAUGGUGAAACUGCUCCCUCUGCUGGGCGAUUUCACCAACUCUGUCAACUAUAGAACCUGGUCAGCGCAUUACUCCUGGAACAUAGCAAUGACACACAGUCGUACCGACCCGAUAGACGACACCUUCGUCCCUCCCGUUUUCACGUUCAUCCAUGCUGAUAUUGGUCAUCUUACUCACGAAAUCCAAUGGGCAGGGAAGGAAGAGGCAUGGUCCUGGAAGAAUGAGCUUCUGAGGCAGGCGUGGCGUUACUUGUACAAACGAAAAGCAAGUCCCACCAUCUCCAGGAUUAUUGAAUAUUGGCGGCCCGAGUCCUGCUUUUUGGUACACAAUUCCUAUGGCCAUACCCCUCUCAUGCACGCAGCAGGUUCGUCAGAAGGGCAACCUGAGAUGCUCGAAUACUUCCUCAAGCGGUCAAAAGACGUCAACGAGCGAGGCUCGGUAAACGGGGGAACUGCCUUGAUGAUUCUGUGCACACAACUGGAAACGCGAGAUGAAGAACUCAUGAAACGCUUGGUCAAAUCGCUCCUUGAUGCCGGCGCCAAUCCAAACAUCUCGGAUACCGUGGGCGAAACUCCCUUGCUCGUGCCUUGCUGCAGAGGAAACGCCACGAUGGUCGAGAUGCUUCUCCGAGCGGGAGCCAGGCCUGACAUGUUGAGCCUCCGCGGCAUGCAUCCCCUCCACGAGGCGAUUAUGAAGCACCACAACCAAGUCGCCAAGCUCUUGAUUGAAUAUGGAGUCGACCUGAGCUUGCAUUUCCCAUGGCCGAAUCUGCAGUUACCGUUAACAGCGGCCAUCACGGUACAGAACCUUGAGGUGUUUAUGCUCCUCCUCGACAGAGUUGAAGAUGUCAACCAGCUUGACGGAAUGGGGUACGCUGCGAUUCACAUGUUGACAAGCCCGUUGUGUAUUGAUUGGCUACCGCAUCUCUUGAAAAGGCCUGAUGUCGAUCUGGAGCUUCUCUCGAAUGGCAUUUCAUUUGAUGGAACGAAGUUCAUCCGUCGGACUCCGCUAAGUUUUGCCAUCAUUGACGAUAACUUCAAGGCGGUGGAGCUACUGUUGGAAGCGGGUGCAAGCCCUUGCCAUCACGCGGGAUCACUUGAUGAGACGCCCCUUUUUAUCGCAGUCGCGCGGGCAAGAACAACAACAAAUAAGGACAGCUCCAGUCCUGAAGAGAGUGAGAUUGACAUCAGCACGGGCAACACCGAUAUAGUCGAGCUGCUCCUCGCUUACCAAUCUCCCAUUAAUACGUUGAAUCGCAAGUCGAAGAAGUACGCCAAGUCCCCGUUGAUGGUGGCCGUAGAUUACAAGGAUAUAAACAUGGUGGAACUUCUUUUGCGACACGGAGCGGACCCGACGCUCGAAGAAGCCUACGGCCUACCGGGUCCGCUUGAUGCCGCCAUGCUAGAUGAAGAAGAAAUCGCCAUCAGGAUGAUCAAAGUCUUACUAGGCAAUCGCUUGCCCCCGACCAUCAACUACGUACCAGACAACACUGACUAUCAGCACAUUCUCAUCCAAGCGAGCGAUAUGAAGCCAGAGGUCGUCCGGCUGCUGCUCGACCACGGCGCCGACACGAAGCGUUUCUUAUCCUAUAUUCCGGGAUGCUCCACAACCCCCCUUUAUCGGGCCGUGGAAGAAGUCAACAUUGAAACUUGUAAAGUCUUCAUCGAGCACGAGCCAGCCCUGGUGAACUACCAAUCCGAACAAGGGCUCGUUUACGAGACGCCUCUUCAUGUCGCUGCUAGAGACGGGCUCAUUGAUAUCGUGCGAUGUCUCCUCGACGCCGGGGCCCAGCCAGGCCGAGCUUCGUAUCAUUGGCAGGAAACGCCGCUCUGGGCAGCCUGCGAGACAGGCAGGCUAGAAGCCGCGCAACUGCUAUAUGAGGUGUCGCCAGAGACACUCCACACACCGUCCUACGACGGCAAAACCCCCCUCAUGGUAGCCUGCGAAGAUGGAAACCUCCAGCUGGUCCAAUUCCUCCUCGAAAAGGGCGCGGAUAUUACAGCACGAUGCUCAAUGGGAACAUCAUGCGUCGGGGGCACGGUUUCUGAAGACAACGGCGCGGCGUACAAGAUCAUUGACCUGCUGAUUCAACACGGGCUCGGCAUUGACGAUGUCGUCGGCUCAGCCGGCUUCACGGUGCUUGGCGAAGCUUGCAGAAGCGGAGACGUCCCGACCGUUCGGUUCUUGCUCGACAAGGGUGCGGAUCCGGCAAAGGGGCAGAAGUGGCCCGGAGACUCCUCCACCACUUGGAUGUCUGCGCUGCGGGUUACCGUGCUGAGUGAGUAUGUCAACGUGCUCGAGGUGCUACUUGAACAUCCUCAAUUGGCGUCUUUUAUCGAGAACGUUGACUACUACGGCCAUAAUGUGCUGCACAUUGACGCAGUAUGUCAACGUGAGAAAGCUUCCGAAAUGGCCACGCAAAUCUACUUUGCGUGCGAGAAGUUGAGAGAAGAGACUGGAGUCGACCAUUUCCAACGGAUGCUCGUGGUAAGGAACUGCGAUUUGCAUACGCCUCUGGAUAUGGCUCUCGAUCUGCCACACAAGGGCUUGAGCUGUGAGGCGACUGCAAAUAUUGACAGUAUCAUUAGGCGGUAUGUUUCCGAUCUGACAUCGGUUGAUCAUCGGACGGUUUCCCAGCACAAAAGUCUUAUGAGAGAUCUCUCCGUUUUCCUCCUGAAGAGACGGAAAUAUGACGAAGAAGCUGUGCGUUUGCUACAGACGUUGAUCGUUGAUCUGUGGGUCACGAGAGAAGACGGGCAGUGCGUUGAGACAGUGUUCUGCAUGCUCAGCUGUGAUCUCUGCGAUGAAGAUGAGCAGGAGCAGAUUUCAUUUUGCCGGCUCUGCGGCCUAGGAGUCGGCAAAAAUUGCGUCGAUAAGGCGAGGUUACAGCACGAGCUGGUCAAUGUCCCCAUCAUCAAAGACCGCAACGUCAUCGACCUAAAUUCUGAACCCAUCAACGAGGUCCUGGACCUUUUGAAAAACGAUUUUCUCGUCACUGAGAAAACCCGAGCCGCAGAGACAUCUCUCAUUUCGUCUUUCCAGGUGGACCCAGAGUCGGAAGAUACAACUCUUUUGCUCGCUUCACUCCACGCGUUUGGAUAUCUAGAGUUCAGACGCCGGGCUUGGAGUCCGUACUUGCCUCUAGCUCCUGUGAUGUACAAGCGAAUACAGCGUUGGGAGCCGAUGUUCACGGAACCGAGGCGAGCCUUUGAGGAGUGGAUAUGGGAUCUUGAGACGCUGCCUUUCAGGUUGCAGAGCGAGUUGAACUACUUUCUUGAGUCUGGGAGGAGGAUGGCAUACAAAGAUGAAAAGUUGACGAGGCUGGAGCAGAUUCUGAGCGAUGUCGGGCGGCUAUAUCCGCAACGCGAGGUUCCAGAUGGUGGUGGUUCAGACUUUGAAGUUGUCGACUAG